AUGAUGCGCUCAGUCGCUAUCCCGGUUUCCUCCAUAGCUCGAAAUGCCACUGAAUGGCACAAUAAAAUCCUGGCAGAUCCAUCUGAACCAGUCUUCCGAAUGAAUGGGCAGAUGAAAUUGCAUCCCGGUAGCUCUUUUUCAGAUCAAAACGUCCUAUCAACCAGAGUCAUCUACAAUAGAUAUCCUCAAAAAGGGGAACUUGAGAGCCAACAUGGAGACUUGAUUCAAACUACAACCACACAGCUAGUCAGCAGCAAGCUGACAAAGGAUUUUGGCAUCCUUGAAGACGCAGUCUCGCGAUCUGAAUAUUUCGAGAGUCCCACAAAAGAACUCAUGAAAACAGCAGGCCAAUGGGUGCCCGCGAUAGAGUGCAUGCAUUUGAUCGUCACAAGGGCUACGGAGGAGGAGACAAGCUUCGUAAAGCCGUCUGAGAACCGCCCAGUUACGCGAUCCCAAUCGCGACUCAUGCCUGCAAAGGAUACCGCCAUCGACAACCAGGUCGAGGAAGACGUUGAUUCAACUGGCCAAGACUUAUCGAUACUAACGAUCAUCUCAGAUGAAAGUGACCAGGAAGAACAGUCCUUCAUCCAAUCGACAUCUCAUCGGCAGGAAGUUGAAAAAGAGAAGAUGGAUGAAUUCGUUUCCGGUGACGAACAAACCGUGAAUGCAGUCCUGAUAUUACUGAUCAUGCCCCUAGCUAGCAUCGACGGCGUCUACGGACGCGUCAGAUUUGACCGCCGACAAUAUCGUGUCAUCAAUGAGAAAGAAUGCAUAUUCUCAGCCAAAGUCGACGGUAUUGUACUCGGUCAGUUCCAGGGAAAGCCGGAAUAUCUACGUACAGUCACUUUCUUCGAAGCCAAACGGGCACUCUCAAGAUCAGAUGACGCAACGUAUAGGCGCCAGAUUUGUGCUGAAAUGGCUGCAAUCAUUCAUAAUGAGGAUGACCUAGGUUUGGUGACAGCUCCUGAAAGUCGGUUUGAUGACGAUGCCGACGAAGCAGGGAGUGCGAAAGAGGCUCGAACGCCUUACGUCAGUUGUAAAGAUGGUACGAGGUAA